GGCGCUCCGCCGGACCUGGAGUUCAGUGCGCUUGCGCAGUAUCGGGCUGCGGAGAGGACUGCCCGUGGCGCCUGCAGUUCGCCGCCGCCGCCCCUGUCAUCUUCGGUCCUGCAGCGGAAGCUGGCACCCUUGGCGCUUCCUUGUUCUGUUCCCGCGGAGAGUGGAAGCUUCAGAAGGAAUUUUUGCCUGUUUACCGCUGUGUUAGCAGCUAGCACGAUGUCUGGCACAUGAUUGGGAUGUGGUAAUGCCAGCCAGACUUCUGAGAGCCCUGUCCGGAUCACACAGUGUAUUAUCAAAAUCACAUCUGUGCAGAAGACUUGUUCAUCUGACAUUAAAACCACUUAAGGAAUUUGAAAAUACCACAUGCAGCAGCACCCUGGCAAUCCAUCAGACCUUGGAUUCAUUCUUUCCCGUUACAGCAGGUGGUGGAUUGAAUAAGCCUCAGAUCCUGGAAAUGAACCAGGUAGUAUCAGCUGCAAACAAACUCUCUCCAAUAGCUGCUGUGCAUUGCUGGGAUGAAAAAGCACACCUUCCAACCAUGAACUUGCUUGGCAUUCAGAGGAAUGUGAUCCACAAUCCAAAUCUCUUGGAUUCUAAGUGGUUUAUAAAAAUAUUACAGAGGCAUUACUCAUCUAUCUCAACUGAAACAUUUAUUCCAAAACAAGACUUUCCGCAGAUCAAGAGACCACUGAAAGCAUCCAGGACCAGGCAGCCAUCCAGGACCAACCUUCCGAUUCUGUCCGUGAAUGAGAACCUGAUGCACUGCACAGCAUUUGCAACAGCAGAUGAGUAUCAUCUGGGAAAUCUGUCUCAAGAUCUGACCUCCCAGGGAUAUGUGGAAGUAACAAGCUUGCCCAGAGAUGCAGCAAAUAUUUUGGUGAUGGGUGUGGAAAAUUCAGCAAAAGAAGGUGAUCCUGGAACAAUAUUCUUCUUCAGGGAAGGAGCUGCUGUGUUUUGGAAUAUAAAAGACAAAACAAUGAAGCAUGUAAUGCAAAUUCUAGAGAAACACGAAAUCCAGCCCUACGAAGUUGCACUGGUGCACUGGGAAAAUGAGGAGCUUAACUACAUGAAAGUAGAGGGGCAGUCUAAACUUCACAGAGGGGAAAUCAAGUUAAAUUCAGAGCUGGAUUUAGAUGACACCAUUCUAGAAAAAUUUGCAUUCUCCAAUGCUCUUUGCCUUUCAGUGAAACUGGCUAUUUGGGAAGCGACACUGGAUAAAUUUAUUGAGUCUAUUCAGUCAAUUCCAGAGGCUUUAAAAGAUGGGAAGAAAGUGAAACUAUCUCAUAAAGAAGUUAUGCAGAAAAUGGGUGAACUCUUUGCCCUAAGGCACCGUAUCAACUUGAGUUCAGACUUCUUGAUCACACCUGAUUUCUAUUGGGAUAGAGAAAACCUGGAAGAACUUUAUGAUAAAACUUGUCAGUUUCUUAGUAUUACCCGAAGAGUUAAGUCAUUUCCCGUUGUUGUGAAAAAAUACUGGACAAAACAACUUAAUGGAAGAAGGAUUUAUUGUGGCCCACAGUGUCAGAGGCUUCGGUCCACAGUCAUGUGGCUCUGUUCUUCUGGGGCCGUGUGUGUGAAGCAAGGACAUCAUGGUGUGGAGAUGCGGUGGAACACAGCAGCUCACCUUAAGGCAGACUAGAAGCAGAGAAAGAGACAAGAAGCACCGGGGACAAGGUCAUGAAUGAAAAACUUCAGCACUGCAUGGAACUGACAGAUCUAAUGCGGAAUCACCUGACUGAGAAGAGGGCACUGCGCCUAGAGUGGAUGAUUGUCAUUCUCAUCACCAUAGAGGUGACUAGAUUCUGUACCACUGUCACGUACCUUAACCUUUUUACUAUAUGGACCUAGCGAUAGACAAUUUGAGAUAAAAAAAAUUGUAGGAAAGAUGAUGACUUUUGGCUCUAAUUAGUAAGUCCGUAGAAGUGAUGUUAAGCCUCAAAUGACUAUAUUUUGCAAUUGCAUUAAGUAAUAAAAAGGUUCCACACGUUUUCAAGACAGCAUUAUGGCUUUAAAUCAUAAUGUGCAGCUAAUCAAUACUUGUGCCUCAGAUCUGCAGCAUCCCAAGUGAGAAGGGUAACAUUUACUUUUCAUUCAUCACAAUCUUAGAAGUCAUCUUAUUGUGUACCAAUAAAUUGUUUGCCAUAGAAUUAAUAAUUUUUUUUUUAAUCCGAAGGUAAUGUUUGAACUGGGACGAGUGUUUUUCUGACCACUGGUAACUAGUGCUGCUGCAAGAGAUACUCAAGUUCUACAAUCAAAAAUCAGUGUUCACUAUUAGGUGACCUCAUAUUUAAUAAGUAUUUAAUUUUUUUAAUCAAGAAAUUGUUAUAAUUAUCUUUUCCAGCUCCUAAACAUACUGCUGCUUGAAUAAAAAUUAUAUAAUCUGGUGUUUGGGUCUACGUUGACAGUUGAAAAGGAAAAAAAUUUUUAUCAGUGUAAAGAACUUUGGAUCAUUUUAGCAUCUAGGAAAUCUCAGCAAGGUACUCCUUAUAGCUAGAAACUUUAGAUUUUGGUCACCACGUCUUAAAUUUACCCUGGGAGUCAGUCUUGGCUAAAAAUCCAUACAGGAACCUACUAGUGUUGAAAUCAAUACUGGUGGCAGAAAUAAACUUUAUGCACCCAUUUUAGAGGACCUAAUUUGAAUAUGACUGCUUACUGGCACAGUGCUUUUUAAUCAAUAUUUGUCUUCACCACCCAAACAAGUGACAAUAUUCUUCCUACAAAGACCCUUUCACAUACUUUGGGGAAAUUACAAAAUAGCAAGCAUAAAGAACUUAAUUUAUAUACAUACCACAUUGCAUUAACUUUUUUGUCAGCUGGAUGUUAGUGCUUCAUACCUGUAAUCACAGCUUUGCAGGAGGCUGAGAUAGGGAGGAUUGCGGUUCCAGGGCAAAAAGCCUGGACAAAGUAAAACCAAAGGAAAAAGGGCUAGAGGCAUGGCUCAAGUAGAAGAGCGCCUGCCUUCAGGCACAAAGCCCCGAGUUCAAACCCCAGUACCACCAAAAACAAAGCAAAAACGCCUUUUUGGAUUUUGUUGUUGUUUGGGACAAUCUCAAAUGUGUAUCCUAGCCAGGCUGGCCUCAAACUCACAACCCUCCUGCCUCAACUUCCCAGAUGCUGGAAUUGGGCAUGCCACCCUGCCUGGCUCAAGCAGUGUGAUGGCACAAAGUCCAAGCUACUUGGGAAGGUGUGGCUGGACAAUUACUUGAGCCCAAAAAAUUUUUUUUUCAUGUUACUGGGUUUUUAAUUCAGGGCCUCACACUUAGCUUAAGCAGGUGCUCUACCACUUGAGCCACUCCUCCGGCCCUUUUUU